AUGGCGAAAGUAGCGGCGAUUGGUAUCGACUUGGGAACUACUUACUCGUGUGUUGGAGUGUUCCAGCAUGGUAAGGUGGAGAUCAUCGCGAAUGACCAAGGUAAUCGCACCACACCUUCCUAUGUGGCCUUCACUGACACCGAGAGACUGAUCGGAGACGCGGCUAAGAAUCAGGUGGCGAUGAAUCCGUCGAACACUGUCUUCGACGCCAAGCGACUGAUUGGCCGCCGGUUUGACGACUCGUCGGUUCAGUCAGAUAUGAAGCACUGGCCCUUCGAUGUGGUCUCAGACGGCGGCAAACCUAAGAUCAGAGUCGACUACAAGGGAGAGUCGAAGCAGUUCUUCCCCGAAGAGAUCUCAUCCAUGGCAUUGGUUGGGGUAGUGGUUGGGGUGUUGGCGCUGUUGGCACUGGUGAUGGGCCUGAGAUUACAUUACGGAAUUAUUAUACUGCCAACAGUCUUGUCGUGUUUCGUCGGAAAAGAGUCGGAACAGUAUUCUAAGAGCACAACAAAGACUUCUGACUUCUUGAUUGAGAAGAUUGGGUUUAUCGACUCGAUUGUGGAGACCAUAUGUGGCUGUUUUCACGGCCCCAACACUGACGAUGGCGUGCAGUUGCAGAUCAUUAAGGCAUUGCUCACAACAGUCACUUCCCAUUCCUGUCAGGUUCACGAGGGGAGCAUUUUGCUGGCCGUCCGCACCUGUUAUAACAUAUAUCUGGGCUCUAAGAACCUCAUCAAUCAAACCACAGCGAAGGCAACUCUCACUCAAAUGCUUAGCGUUAUCUUCAGUCGAAUGGAAGCGCAAAAUGAGGACAAAACGGUAGCCAAUUGUGAAACAGUAGAAAAUGCAAUCAAUGGUAACGUUGAAGAAAACGUUAAGAAUUACAGCAGUGAUGACAUCGCAGCCAUCGAUGCAGUUGUUGAAAGUCUUGUCAAUGAUAUGAUUGAAAGGGUUGUGAACGGAGAUAUAAAACUAGACGUGGAGUCUAGUGUUGAAUUCAAUGGCGAUGGAGUGGACGUGUCGUCAAUGGGUGCUCGCAUUCCUUCGUCGGAAAGUCUGGAAACGACCGAUUCUUCUGCCAUAUCUAACGAUACAAUUCACUUGAGUUUCACUCAUGUCCUCCAAAAAGACGCUUUUCUAGUGUUCCGAUCGUUAUGUAAGCUAAGUAUGAAACCCCUGCCCGACGGACACCCGGACCCGAAAUCACACGAACUUCGAUCCAAAAUAUUAUCACUUCAACUCAUUUUAUCUAUACUUCAAAACUCUGGGCCAGUGUUUCAAUCGAGUGAUAUGUUUGCGGUUGCGAUCAAACAAUACUUAUGCGUUGCGCUCUCGAAGAAUGGGGUGUCAAAUGUUCCCGAAGUGUUUGAGCUCUCAUUAGCCAUAUUUCUAGCACUACUUCACAAAUUCAAAGUUCACUUAAAAAUGCAAAUCGAAGUGUUCUUUAAGGAGAUAUUCCUCAAUAUUCUGGAGACAAUCAGCAGUUCCUUUGAACACAAAUGGAUGGUUAUUCAGGCGUUGACCAGAAUAUGCGCCGACGCCCAGAGUGUUGUCGAUAUUUAUGUCAAUUAUGAUUGUGAUCUCUCAUCAGAGAAUAUAUUCCGACGACUCGUCAAUGACUUAUCAAAGAUAGCUCAGGGAAGGGGACAGAUGUUGGACGCGGGCAUUAUUACGUCCACUCAAGAGAGAAGUAUGCGAAUCAAAGGCUUAGAGUGUUUGGUAUCGAUUCUCAAAUGUAUGGUUGAGUGGAGUAAAGAUCUUUACAUAAAUCCCAAUCAAUUGGCGAAUUUGGGUCCAGAAAAGACCGACAAUAAUAUCAAUAAAGAGAACACAAAUGCGGCCGAAGAGCCGAUUGACGAUCACUUCAAUUCGCAGAACCCAUUGGGAGGAAGCAAUUCGGUGUCAACGAAGACGUUAGAACUCGAUAGCCCUCAACAGUACGAAGAAGUGAAACACCAGAAGGAUAUCAUAGAACACGGAAUCUCAUUGUUUAAUUUGAAACCAAUGCGUGGAAUCGCUUACCUUCAGGAACACAAUGUCAUUGAUAGCAGCGCUUCGAGUGUCGCACAUCUGUUCCACACAAACGAUAUGCUCGACAGGACACAAGUGGGAGAGUUCUUGGGAGACAUCGACUCUUUUAAUCGGGAAGUGAUGUACGCAUACGUGGAUCAAAUGGACUUCAAGGGCAAAGACUUUGUCUCAGCGUUGCGUUCAUUUUUAAUGGGAUUCCGUCUUCCAGGAGAGGCGCAAAAGAUCGACAGACUUAUGGAGAAGUUUGCCUCUCGUUAUUGUGAGACGAAUGUGAAUAAAGGCCUGUUUGCGAGCGCAGACACCGCUUACGUGUUGGCAUAUUCUAUAAUUAUACUGACGACAGACCUCCACAGCGGACAAGUGAAGAAUAAAAUCACUAAAAAUCAAUACAUUGUUAUGAAUCGCGGAAUUAACGACAGCAAAGACCUGCCCGAAGAGUAUUUGUCGCAGAUUUACGACGAGAUCGCCGGCAGUGAAAUCAAGAUGAAAGCGGAUCAUCCGAAUCGACGCAAAAUGGGUCGAGAGGUGGCGAGUGAGAAGACACGACGACUUCUCUACAACAUGGAGAUGGAGUCCAUGGCCUCCACUGCCAAAGCAUUGAUGGAGAGUGUGUCUCACGUCGAGGCACAGUUCACUUUAGCCAAACAUCACGAACACGUGAGACCGAUGUUCCGAAUCGCGUGGACACCCUUUUUGGCUGCAUUUAGUGUCGGUCUUCAGGACUGCGAUGACCCAGAAAUUGCGUGUUUGUGUUUGGAUGGUAUCCGAUGUGCCAUAAGAAUCGCAUCGAUAUUUCAGAUGACUUUAGAGAGGGACGCAUACGUCCAGGCGUUGUCUCGAUUCACUUUACUGACCGCCACUUCCACUCCCAGCGAAAUGAAGAGCAAAAAUAUUGAUACUAUUAAGACAUUAAUCACUGUCGCCCACACAGACGGCAACUAUUUGGGCAAAUCAUGGCUUGAAAUCUUACGGUGUAUUUCACAGCUAGAAUUGGCACAACUGAUCGGCACUGGAGUUAAACCGCAACUCCUGGUGAAUGGGACGCCAAACAGUAGCUCUCAUUCAUUCGCAUUUCCCCUCAAAUUGGAAUCGAUUUCUUCUUUUGCUGUCGACUCGCUCUCAAUGUCCAGAAACAAAGAGAAGGAUCAGAAGACAUACGAGUCUAUAGUGGAGACGUCAUCGCAAAGCGUUGUGGUGGCUGUCGAUCGCAUAUUCACCGGCUCUAUAAGACUCGACGGCGACGCUAUCGUAGACUUCGUUAAGGCUUUAUGUCAGGUGUCGAGUGAAGAACUGUGUCAUCCAACGCAUCCCCGAAUGUUUAGUCUCCAGAAAAUAGUUGAGAUUUCGUAUUAUAAUAUGGGAAGAAUUCGUUUGCAAUGGUCUCGUAUUUGGGAAACAUUGGGCCAACACUUCAAUAAAGUUGGCUCUAAUCCUAACGAAGAGAUCGCGUUCUUCGCCAUCGACUCAUUGAGACAAUUAUCGAUGAAAUUCAUAGAAAAGGGAGAGUUUUCUAACUAUCGAUUUCAGAAGGACUUCUUGAGACCUUUUGAACAUAUAAUGAAAAGCAACGGUUCGAUCGCCAUUCGAGAUAUGGUGGUCCGAUGUAUCGCACAGAUGGUCAACAGUCAGGCAAAUAAGAUCAGAUCCGGUUGGAAGAACAUCUUCAGUGUCUUCCGAAUGGCCGCCUCUGAUAACGACGAGUAUAUCAUUGAUUUGGCGUUUCAGACCACUUGUUAUAUCAUUAACAAUAUAUACGACCAGAGUUUCAAUUCAUUGAUCGACUCGUUUCAGGACGCCAUCAAAUGUCUGUCAGAGUUUGCCUGUAAUCCCAACUUUCCCGACACUAGUAUGGAAGCCAUUCGAUUGAUCCGGACGUGUGCUAAGUAUGUGUCAGAACAGCCGCACCUCUUCCAUGACUAUAAUAUGGACGACCAAAGCAACAGUAGUCUCACGUCGGAGAAGGACAGGGUUUGGGUGAGGGGUUGGUUUCCCAUACUCUUUGAGUUGUCAUGCAUUGUAAGCACCUGUAAGUUAGACGUGAGGACUCGUGCGCUGACAGUGAUGUUUGAAAUUACCAAAUCUCACGGCUCGUCAUUUUGUGACCACUGGUGGCAGGACUUGUUUCAGAUAAUCUUCAGAAUAUUCGAUAACAUGAAACUUCCCGAACAACACAACGAGAAGUCCGAAUGGAUGACCACAACAUGCAAUCAUGCCUUAUAUUCAGUGAUAGACGUCUUUACGCAAUACUUCGACACAUUGAGUCCAUUGCUGUUGAGUGAUGUCUAUUUGCAGCUCUUGUGGUGCGUUCGUCAGCAGAACGAACAGUUGGCGCGUUCGGGAACUAAUUGUCUCGAAAAUCUGGUCAUUUCUUGUGGUAUGAAAUAUACGGAACAAACGUGGCUUAAGACCGCUGAUUGCAUUUUCGAGAUGUUUGAGUCAACACUUCCUCAGGAACUGUUGGAUUGGAAACCCAAUGACAUGACUUACUCGCCUUCAAAGAAGGCCGCAAUUAAUGCAAAUCCUAUAAACGACGAGAAGGACAGAGCGAACGCUACUAAACAAAUGUUUAGUCGUUUGAAAAUUCAAUGCAUUGUUCAGUUAGAAUUGGUUCAAACCAUUGAUGAU